AGCCGCAGAACACGAGCAAAUCAACCGAAGCUGACCGGACCUAUAUCACGGUGGGGAAUCGCGAAACCCAGAUCCGCAACCAACCCGAAUCGAAGCUUCUUCCUCCGGCGACUUCCUUCAUCGAGAGAGCAAGAUCUUCUGCUCAAACAGCUUAAAAGAGGCAACAAAUGCUGUUCGGCGGUGUGAUGGAGGUGCAGCCUCCGAGUCCGUUGAGAUACAUCAUCGGAGCAACAAUAAUGAUGAUCGGAGUCGUGUUGCCGGUCGGAUACAUGAUGUUCCGUACUAAGCGUGUCCCCUCCUCUUCCUCGUACUCCAAACAGACAUCUACUGUUAAUUUUGAUUUCAGCUUCUAAUUGCUUUAUUCAUCUUGUCUAGCUUGAAAUUUUCAGUUCAGAUUUAGGUCUGUUGGCAAUUUGAAUCUUGAAUUGAAUUCUAAAGCAUUUCUUUGUUGUUUGGAUUAUUAUUUAUUGCAGAGAUGAUGGCAAUUUGGUCUGUUUCUUUUUGUUCAUCUUGCUUACUAAUUUUAGGAACUAAUAUUUGCAUUAUUGAUAUCUCCAGGAACAAGUUUUGAUAUAGGGAUAUUGAGAAGAUAGAAUCUUAGAUGCAAUUCAAAGGGGUGUAUAAGGCACAAGGAGGAAGAUGAGAAAGGAAGAAGUCCCUGAUUGAACCUCUCAAUCUGUUAUUGUGUGUUUGGAUAGUAAUUCAAAUUUACAAAAGAUGAUUUGCAUGUUGUUUGAUUCAUUUCAUUGGGUUUUGCUAAUUAGCUGAUUUCCGAGUGUUAUGAAUGAGCCUUUCUCUGCUGAAAAAUACAGGGGAGAUGAUAACAAAGCUACUUGAGUUAGCCAUUGCUAUAACUAUUACCUGUUUCAGCCUCCGUCGUCUACCCCUCCAGCUAUACUGUUUUGCAGUUGCAUAGAAUGUGCUUCAGGUUGCACGGUUCAGAGUUAGAAUUCCUUGUUUUCCUUUCCUUGUAUUGUUUACAUGAUGGCCUGCUCUCCAUGAGGCAUAACAUGGUUCUUUUGGUGGUGGAUUGUUUGUGAAUUCUGUUAUGUUUCAAGGAAGAAAAGUGGAGUUUAUGUUGUUAUAGUUGAGGGUGACGAGAUAUAAAUUCUUUAGUCGGUUCAAUUUCUUCUUGAUUGAACAGGCAGAUAUUGAAAGUCUGGAUUACCAAAAGUCUAGUGAUGGGAGCUAUUCCCUAGCAAAAAGGUCAAAACAAUUGGAACUAAGGCAACUUAAUUAGUGAUCUGUCAUCCUGUUUUAUUCAUGUUUAUAUAAGGAUGUCAAAGAAGAUUGUUUGAAUGACUGGAUGGAUGUAGC